CUGGGGGGACCAGAUAUAGUGAAUGCAGGGUCCGGGGAGACCAGAUAUAGUGGAUGCAGGGUCUGGGGGGACCAGAUAUAGUGAGUGCAGGGCCUGGGGAGACCAGAUAUAGUGGAUGCAGGGUCUGGGGGGACCAGAUAUAGUGGAUGCAGGGUCUGGGGAGAGUGGAUAUAGUGACUGCAGGGACCGGAGAGACCAGAUAUAGUGAAUGCAGGGGUCCGGGGAGACCAGAUAUAGUGAAUGCAGGGUCCGGGGAGACCAGAUAUAGUGAAUGCAGGGUCUGGGGAGACCAGAUAUAGUGAAUGCAGGGUCCGGGGAGACCAGAUAUAGUGAAUGCAGGGUCCGGGGAGACCAGAUAUAGUGGAUGCAGGGUCUGG